AAACUCUUUCAGGCAAUUGGUCCUCCUCUCCGUGAAGGAAAGCCUCUCACAGAUGAGCAUGUUGUGAUGGGAAAUAAACUGCUGGUGUACAUCAGCUGUUGUUUGGCAGGACGGGCCUAUCCGUUAGGUGACAUUCCUGAAGAUCUGGUCCCUCAGGUGAAAAACCAGGUGUUUGAGUUUCUCAUUCGUCUGCACUCGGUGGAGGCUGCACAGGAAGAGGAAGUGUAUCCAUACAUUCGAACUCUUUUGCACUUCGACACUCGAGAGUUCCUCAACGUCCUGGCGCUGACAUUUGAGGACUUCAAGAAUGACAAACAGGCUCUGGAGUAUCAGCAAAGGAUUGUGGACAUUUUACUGAAGGUUAUGGUGGACAAUUCUGACUUCACCCCGUCUCAGGUCGGCUGUCUUUUCACCUUCCUGGCACGACAACUUGCCAAACCUGAUAAUACCCUUUUUGUUAACCGGAAGCUNUUUGCAGGUUCUAGAGUUUCUAUGUAGUCCAGAUGAUGACUCUAGACAUACAGAAAGACAGCAGGUUCUGCUGGAGCUGCUGCAGGUUGGUGGCGUGGUCCAGUUUGAUGAAGGGCGUCUCCUUGACCUUGCAGAGAAGACGGAAUUUUAUCAGAUCUGCGAGUUUAUGUAUGAAAAAAAGCACCUUUACGACAAAAUUGUUGACUGCUACCUGAAAGACCCUUUGAGAAAGGAGGAGCUCUUCAACUACAUUCAUAACAUCCUGUCCAUGCCAGGCUACAGCUCAGAGGAGAAACAGUUGGUGUGGGUCAAAGCCCUUCAACACA